AUGCCGCCCACUUUACUUCUCAUUCGCCAUGCUGAGGCGUGGCAUAAUAGGACUGAUAAGUCUUGGAACUACGACCUUCCCGAUCCAAGACUUACGGAUGGCGGCGUUCAGCAAUGCGAGGAUCUGCAACGGCAUCUCAAAAGCAGUUGUCCUCUUGCUUCGAGAGUCGAGCGAAUAGUCACCAGUCCGAUGCGAAGAACGCUGCAGACUACCCAGAUAAGUCUGCAAUGGCUGAUCAAGAGCGGCGUUCCCGUCGACGUCGAUGCGAUGUGGCAAGAAAACUCCAACGCAGCCUGCGACACUGGCAGCGACCUCAAAGUUCUUGCGAAAGAAUUUCCGGAUGUAGAUUUCGAAAAAGUGGACCCAACAUACCCCGACAAAUCCGACAAAACACCGUAUGCCUUCACGCGGACAGCGAAUCAAGCUCGAGGGGACGCAUGUUUGAAAGCGCUAUACGAUCGACCGGAAAAGGUCAUUGCCAUCGUCAGCCAUGCAGGAUUCCUUCGCACAGGUAUCACUCGGCGGAGAUUCGAGAAUGCGGACUACCGGGUUUUCACCUUUGCGAGAGAUUCCCAUGGCAGCUUGGAACUGUUCGAGGAUGCCACGACGGAGAAGAGAGGGGGUGGGAUGGGUAGGAGUGCGAAAGGCAUCUACUUGUUGAACGAUUGGGACUUCCCGCCAGAGAUCAUAGAAGAGGUAGAAGAGGAUGAAGAUGAAGCAUGA